CCACUCUAUCUCACUCUGACACACAACACUUGCCUGGACACAACAAAACAGUCAGCAGCUUCCGCCGCGUCACACACAGACUCUUUUUCUUCACUCUGUUCUCUCUCUAUCACACACAAACACAACAACAUCAACAAUUACGAACCCCCCAAACAUUCCCUUUGUUCCAAACAAAAAUGCUUUUCCGUUUCAACUUCCCCUUCACGAUCCGAUCCUUCUUCAUACCCCCUCCAUGCAUUCUUCUUUUCGUUCUCUUCUCUUUCACGUGCUUCAAUUCCACAGAAGCUUAUGAUCCACUUGAUCCAAAUGGAAAUAUCACAAUCAAAUGGGAUAUUAUAAGCUGGACACCUGAUGGCUAUGUUGCUGUUGUUACAAUGUACAACUUCCAACAAUAUCGUCAUAUCUCAGUGCCUGGGUGGUCACUAGGAUGGACAUGGGCAAAGAAGGAGGUAAUAUGGAGCAUGAUAGGAGGGCAGACCACUGAACAAGGGGAUUGUUCAAAAUAUAAGGCAAACAUCCCACAUUGCUGUAAAAAGAACCCUAUAGUUGUUGAUUUACUUCCCGGAACACCUUACAACCAACAAAUUUCAAACUGCUGCAAAGGUGGUGUACUCAGCUCGUGGGCACAGGACCAAUCCAAGGCGGUUGCAGCAUUUCAAGUCAGUGUAGGUAGUGCCAGUACCACUAACAAAACUGUCAAAGUGCCAAAAGAUUUCACACUGAAAGCGCCCGGACCCGGUUACACGUGUGGGCCGGCAACAAUUGUGAAACCAACUCAAUUUUUACAACCAGACAAAAGGAGAGUGACCCAAGCACUUAUGACAUGGAAUGUGACAUGCACAUAUUCACAAUUUCUUGCUCAGAGAACACCCAGUUGCUGUGUCUCGCUCUCAUCUUUCUAUGACAAUACAGUUGUACCCUGCACUACAUGUGCAUGUGGCUGCCAGGGCAACUCAUCUCAAUCAGGAGAAUGUGUAGAUCCAGAUUCACCACAUUUGCAAUCAGUUGUUUCCAACGCUGGACCUGGAAAGAGUAGUAUCACACCUUUGGUUCGAUGCACUCGUCAUAUGUGCCCAAUCCGAGUUCACUGGCAUGUUAAGCUUAACUACAAGGAGUACUGGCGUGUGAAGGUCACUGUUACUAAUUUCAAUUACGGGAUGAAUUAUUCUGAUUGGAACUUGGUUGUUCAACAUCCAAACUUUGACAAUCUGACCCAACUUUUCAGUUUCAACUACAAAGCAAUAACUCCCUACGGGUCAAUAAAUGAUACAGCAAUGCUUUGGGGACUUAAGUUCUACAAUGAUUUUCUCAUGCAAGCUGGCCCUCUUGGUAAUGUACAAUCAGAGCUACUAUUCAGAAAGGAUAAAUCAACCUUCACUUUUGACAAGGGCUGGGCCUUCCCUCGGAGAGUCUAUUUCAAUGGCGACGUUUGUGUGAUGCCGCCACCUGAUGCUUAUCCAUGGUUACCUAAUGCGGGUUCCAGGCAAAUAGUUUCCCUGCUUGCUUUGGUGAUGUCCUCUUUGGUAGCCUUGGUAUUAUAUGCAGAUACUUAAAGUUCCUAUUCAUGCCACACUCAUCAAAAAUCUUAAAGUGUGACAAGUUUUGACUCAAAUUUUGGGAUACCAAUUUGGAAUUUGAACCAAGCCAGGGUAUGACAUCCAGUGACAAUUCAAGAGUAGCUCAGUUGUCCUAUGAUCUGUUUGCAAGUUUCAGCAUAUGGGGCGUUUGAAUUUGCUACUAUAUUGUUAUUUCUGACUGUUAUAAUGUAAUGAAGUAUUUAUUGGUUUUAGAUCCAUAGUUACAGUUGGCGCUGUAAGUAUUAGAAAUAUAUAAAGGUACACAAUGAUGUAAUUCAUAAACGAAUGUCUGUAUUUGACGUGAGAAUCGUUUAUUGAUUUAUUCUUUG